GAGGAGCUAUGUAAGGAUUUCCUGGAAAGAAAGAAAAAAAAAAAAAAAACCAAAGAAACAAAUAUAUGCCCCAACUCAUGUCUCCACCUUACCAGAGAGAGGAGGAUCACAGACUGAGAGACACUGAAAUCAUAAACGUGGACACUACAUUUUGUAAAGUCGUUGAACCCGAAGCUCACUUGCAGUUCAAUAGAAAGCCAUGCAGGAUGAAGAUGGAUACAUCACCUUAAAUAUUAAAACUCGAAAACCAGCUCUCACCUCAGUUGACUCUCCUUCCUCAUCUCUGUGGCGUGUGAUGGCUUUGAUUCUGCUGGUCUUGUGUAUUGGGCUGGUUGGUGGACUAGUGGCUCUGGGGAUUAUGUCUCUCACGCAGCAAAACUACCUACAAGUUGAGAAUGAAAAUCUCUCAGGAUCUCUGCAACAAUUAGCAAAGCAGCUCUGCCAAAAUUUAGUAAAACAAUCAGAACAAAAGAAUGGUUUCAGCCAUAAGUGCAGCCCAUGUGACACAAAUUGGAGAUAUCAUGGAGAUAGUUGCUAUGGAUUCUUCAGGCACAACUUGACCUGGGAAGAGAGUAAGCAGUACUGUACCGACAGGAAUGCUACUCUACUGAAGAUUGCCAACCAGAACAUCCUGGAAUACAUCAAAUCCAGGACUGCAUUAAUUCGUUGGGUUGGAUUGUCCCGCCAGAACUCUAAUGAAGUCUGGAUGUGGGAAGAUGGCUCAGUUCCCUCCAAAAAUAUGUUUGAGCUUUCUGAAAAUGGAAGAGAAAAUAUGAAUUGUGCUUAUUUUCAUAAUGGGAAAAUUCACCCUACCUUGUGUCAGAACAAACAUUUUUUAAUGUGUGAGAGAAAGGCAGGCAUGGCAAAGAUAGACGAACUACUUUAAUGCAAAGAGAUGGGAAGGAUGUCACAGACAGUGCUUGAUUGUACAAUAAACUAUCUGAAUGUAGGAAUCACUAACCAUAAAAUUGCUUAUUUUUUCUUUUAUUUACCUUGGAGUCAUCUUUUCAUUACCGUUCCUACCAAUACCCUUCUUUAUACAUCCCUAUAUACUAAGGUAUAACUUAGUGUCUUCUUAUACAUCCAAAAGCCAAUCUGUGAGUUGAUUCUUCGUUUCUCAGUGGUUCUGUUUCCAUUAAUUUUCUUUCUUCUUGUCUUCCAUUCCUAAUUAUCUCAACAUAGUAUGACUCACUGCAUCUUCAGACAUAAACACAUACAUUUUAAACUGGAACAAAAAAGGUUAGGGCUUAAUUGACUUGAGCUGUGCAAAAUUCUUAAGUUUGAAAACUAUACAACAUAUUUGAAAGACAGCAUAAGGUAGUGGAAAGAAUACUAAACUUAAAAUUAGUAAAAUGAUUCAGAUGGUGUGAUCAUUUAAUUAAAGUACAACUAUGGACCAGUCCAGUAGCCACUUUAACUUCCAUUUUCUCAUAUUUAAAAUAGGUUAACAGCCAUCUUAUGUACCUCACAGUUCUACAACCUAAAAUAAAACUUCAGAAUAUUAACUAUAUCAGAAACUCCAUGAAGGCAUACACUAUGACUUUCCUUUGCUACUCUAUGCCCAGCACCAAGAAGUUUCUGGUUCAUAAGGGACAGAAAAAUAUUUGCUUCCCAUUGUAUGAGAUAGUUUUAUAGGAAGCAGCAUAGUCAGUAAAACACUAUACAAAUAUAAUUUUGAUUCCAAGUCUAACUCUUUUCAGAUCCAAGUGCAGUAAUUUUCUGUGCAAGAAGAAGGAAAAUAAAAUUUGCAAGAAACCUGAUGAGUUCUGAAAAUGAAUAAAUCCUUCUUGACAAGGCCCAUAGGCUAGUAGAUAGAACAGCAAGUAAAAAUGUUUUAUCUAGUUCUUUUCCUGACAGUUCUAUGCUUAGUUUUUGCUGAGUAACUCAUGAAGUAUUUAUAGAUAUGUGGAGAGGGCACCCUUCAACAGAGUAACAGGCAAAAACUGCAUUUCCUUGCCACAGCUUCCCUUAAGGUACUCUUUUUUCUUAAAUUAGUGGUAAUAAAUUUUACGAACAUGAUCCUCAAACAUUUCAACUGAGGUGUUUGUUAAAACACUAGAUGUUCAACUACAAAUAGCUAAUGUACUCAGUUGAAAGGCUGAGGAGACACAGUCCUGUGUUUUUAAUAAGCACCCCUAUUUGAUUCCGAUACCAGUUGUCUUUAAUACAUUUCAAAACACAUUACUUUAGAAUUUACUCCUUAUGUGGUUUUUGGUAAGUUAGUCUCUUUAAAACUCAGUUUCUUCAUCUAUAAAGUGAGUUUAAUAUUAUUACCUUACUAAUAAGGUAAUUGUCACAAUCAUUGAAUGUAAUAAUAUAAAGCAUUGCACAGAGUGCCAAGGCUAUAAUGAGCAGUCAAUAAAUAUAUGUUACUUUUAUAGCUUUGUGUACUAACAUUCAAAGACACUUAAACCUUUCUCUUGAUUUAUACUAUUAGUAAACAAGCAGAUUUAGGGAGGAAGAGAGAGGAAAAAUAACAGAACUACUUCAGAUUCUGCUUCUAUUUCAAAUGUCUUGAGAUCUUGGCUUUUGGGGGUUAGUAUCAUUAUUUUUCUAUUUUUCACUUGUUUACAUAGAGAAACCAAAUAGGAAAUAAAAAGUCUAAAGCCAUAUCUCUGGACUCGAGGGUUUUAUCUCCCCCAAAUGGAAAAACAUUUAUAUAUUAUUAUAGCACAACUAAAUUUCAAAGAAUAAUAUUUUACUGCAUGACAAAAAUGCAAUUAAAAAUGUAAACCAAACACACUAUGCCUACAAAGAUUCUUUUUUCUAGUACUCAUAUCAAAAACGUCUGAUACAUGAAAUUAGAGUAGCACAGAUUUUAAUAUGACAGGUUCUGUUAUCAGACCACCUGGGUUCAAAUACUAAUUCCUCCACUUACUAUAUAAGUGAACU